UACACGUGUCUGAAUUGGACGAAUGGCGAAAGACCCAAACAGGAAGUGUUACGAUCAGACAUUCACACAACGUGAAAGUCAAGUCAAAGCAAAGCGUUAAAAAUACCUUUGAAUUAGUUGUUUAUUGUAUCUUCAAGUUGUGGCAACAUGUUGUGCUUUUAGCGGUUUUUGUGCCUCGAAGUGCAGCGUUCGUCACGAUGCUCCAGGCUGCAGCGAAAACGUUUUCUGUUGCAACAACCACCUCAGUAUCUCGAGGAAUAUCGUUAAGUAUUCAAAAUUAUUGUAAGAAGACACCAGCGAAACUAAGAGUAUCCGAAGCAGUUACAGGUGCUGAAAUAGGAGCAAAUGUCAAAGUCCAGGGAUGGGUUCGCUCUGUUAGACCUCAGAAGUCAAAUCUCUUCCUCCAUGUGAAUGAUGGGAGCUCUUUGCAGUCAUUGCAGGUCGUCGCCAGUUCAGAGCUGAAUGAUCCGUUGCUCACAUUUGGUAGUGCUGUUGAAGUCACAGGUACUCUAAAGAAAAGUCCACAACAAAAACAGUCAGUUGAACUGGAAGCAGAUCAAAUCCAUGUAGUUGGGGAAUGUAACCCUGUGGAUUUUCCCUUCAAAAUCAAAGAGAGACACGGACUUGAGUAUAUUCGCCAAUAUCCUCAUCUCAGGUGUAGAACGAAUGCCUUUAGCUCCCUGUUGAGAAUACGAAGUGAGGCCACUACAGCAGUUCACUCAUAUUUCAAGGAAAAUGGCUUUGUGCAGAUUCACACUCCAGUCAUCACCUCAAAUGACUGUGAAGGGGCAGGGGAGCUCUUUCAGGUUGAGCCACCCGGCCUAGAGAAUGAAGAAGAUGAGCACUUUUUCUCUGUCCCAGCCUUCCUGACUGUGUCUGGUCAGCUUCAUUUGGAAGUGAUGUCAGGGGCAUUUUCUAGAGUUUACACAUUUGGGCCAACCUUUCGUGCAGAGAACUCCCAAAGCAGACGCCACCUGUCUGAGUUUUACAUGGUGGAGGCCGAGGUCUCCUUCACACAGUCCUUAGAGGAUCUCACCAAGGUCAUGGAGGACAUGUUCAGAUCUGCCACGGAGCAUGUCUUGGCUCACUGUGCGGAGGAUGUGGAUUUGUUUCACAAGCAUGUGACUCCUGGACACAGGGAAACCGUAGACGCUAUGCUGAAGAACAGAUUCCCUGCGAUCACAUACAGUGAGGCUAUAGACAUCCUAAACCGCAGCUCUCAGAAUUUUGCCUUCCCAACAGACUGGGGCUGUGACCUUCAGACAGAGCACGAGAAGUACCUGGUGAAACAUUGCGGCAACAUUCCAGUCUUUGUCACUGAUUAUCCUUAUGAUCUGAAGCCUUUUUAUGCAAGAGACAACCAGGAUCAUCCUAAGCAUACGGCAGCUGCAGUGGACCUUCUUGUGCCAGGAGUUGGAGAGCUCUGUGGGGGCUCGCUGAGGGAGGAGAGGCUGGAUCUGCUGAGGGCUCGGCUUGAAGAGGCUGGAUUAGAAGACGCCUACAGCUGGUAUCUGGAUUUGAGGAGUUUUGGCUCCGUCCCUCAUGGCGGCUUCGGACUGGGAUUUGAGAGAUAUUUGCAAUGCAUCCUCGGUGUUGACAACAUAAAAGACGUGAUUCCUUUCCCUAGAUUUUCCCAUUCUUGUGUUCUAUAAAACAGUUCCAGCCUAGUCUGACAAACAUCCAAUAAAUAAGAUAUUAAACAUUGUUUCUAAACACU